AGACAUGUCCUGGCUCCUCAUUGGCAUUGGCUUGGCUGUUCUUCUGCGAGUCGACAGCACAUCUCAGGUUCUGAAAGAAGGCAAAGAAAUGGAGGGUUCCUUGGAACAGGACAUUAAGAAGCAAAUUAUUCUGGGCAUAAUAGCUAUUGAGCCACCCCAGAAUGAAGAACAAACAGCGGAUAUUGAUCCUGGAAUGAGGUUGUUGUCUCGUGAUGGCGCACAAGGCAGAAGAGCGCCCAGGAGUGCUGGAGACCUGCCAGCCCCGCUGGGUGCCAAGUCUGCAGUGGUGCCGGAGGAAGACCGAAACCACAUCUAUCACCCGCCAGAUGCUGCUCUGAAAAAGGAAGGCCCUUUGCAGAUAGCAGAACUGUAUGCUGAAGCUGUCAGUGGCCCAGAAGAAGACAGAGACCAUCUCUAUCAUGGCUAG